UUCAAGCCUCCUUGCCGUCACCAUCCACAAGCUGGAGCUGCUUGGUGAUCUGAUCAUCGGAAUUGUGGUGCAGAGUUCAGUUCAACAAGCUGAAGGAGAGGGAGAAAACAUGAGCCCAGAAUGUGACGUCAGGUAAUGGCGCCCUACACCUCCAGAGGAUCUCGUCCAGCCUCCGGGAACCAGAGAACUUCCGCCGAACUAUGACGUCAUCCUCAUCCCCGAAAUCUUCCUUCUGCAAGAUCGGACUGUGCUCACGUCAGAAACCACUCAAGGUCAUGGUCCUUGGUCAGGGCGGCGUGGGCAAGUCCGCAUUGGUAGUUCGGUUCAUCACCCGCCGAUACAUUGGCGAAUAUGAUCCAAAUUUGGAAAAAGUGUACACAUUCCACACUGUCAUGGACAACGAGAUGGUACUAUUUGAGAUCCUAGACACCGCUGGGCAACCACAUGAGAGCGAGUGUCUCACCCUGGAAGCUAACAUCCGAUGGGCCGAAGCAUUUAUCCUCAUGUAUUCCGUCACUGACAAGUGCUCAUUUGACGAGUGUAACCGUCUCAAGUUCCUAAUCAACUACAACAAGCGGAGGCGGAGGCUGGGCUCCAACAGCUCCAAGGAGGCUGUAACUGAUGUUCCUGUUGUCCUUGUGGGCAACAAGACUGACCAAUGGGGAGAUCGCAUGGUCACUUUGGAAGAAGGGCAAAGGAGAAGCAAGGAAAUUGGUUGCGUCUGUUUCCACGAGAUUUCCGUUCGGGAAAGCAUAGAACAGGUUUGGUCUGUAUUCCGAGAUGUGUGCCGGUUCUGGCAGGUUCACAGCAAGUGUCCGAAACUGAAACGCUCCUCCAGUGAUAUUCACUCGGAGCAGAUAGUGAGUCCAGACUCCACGAGAUUCAUCUGCACGUCAAAACUGACAACAGCGAAUGGAACAGCCCCGCCCAACGGAACACAGAAUACAGUGUCUCCUGUCAUGAUGCUAGGGAGGCGGUGGACAGAAGUUGAACUGGAAGAGGAAGAGGAAGCAGAGGAAGGGAAAGCGAGCGAGCCUGGCAGUAGCGAAUCACUGCCUCCUUUCAGGGGUAGGGCUUCCACAGAUGGCCAUCUUCUGUCGCGACCUCGAAGAUGGCGCUACCCCCCACCGGCCCCUUCGAGUCAGCAGCAAUAUCAACACGCGGGGAGCAGUAGAGCAGAUCGUAGGAUGAGCAUCUCCAUGCGGGGUAACAAUGCCAGCUGCUGAACAGUGUGUCCAUCUCGAUACGGAACAAUAUCUCCAGCUGCUGAAUAGGGAGUGCAUCUCCAUGCGGGGCAACAAUGCCAGCUGCUGAACAGGGAGUGCAUCUCCAUGUGGGGCAAUAUCGCCAGCUGCUGAACAGGGAGUGCAUCUCCAUGCGGGGCAAUAUCGCCAGCUGCUGAACAGUGUGUCCAUCUCCAUACGGAACAAUAUCUCCAGCUGCUGAAUAGGGAGUGCAUCUCCAUGCGGGGCAACAAUGCCAGCUGCUGAACAGGGAGUGCAUCUCCAUGCGGGGCAAUAUCGCCAGCUGCUGAACAGGGAGUGCAUCUCCAUGCGGGACAAUAUCGCCAGCUGCUGAACAGGGAGUGCAUCUCCAUGCGGGGCAAUAUCGCCAGCUGCUGGACAGGGAGUGCAUCGCCACGCGGGGAAGUAUCGCCAGCUGUUGAACAGGGAGUGCAUCGCCAUGCGGGAAAGUAUCGCCAGCUGCUGAACAGCGAGUGCAUCUCCAUGCGGGGCAAUAUCGCCAGCUGCUGAACAGGGAGUGCAUCUCCAUGCGGGACAAUAUCUCCAACUGCUGAAUAUGACAUCAAUCACUGUGGGAUUAUCGACUUCACAGAGACAAAUAUUAAUCGACGUUUUUCCGAGGCUUAGGUUAGGUAACGUCUAGUGAAGAAGCGAUCAGGCACUGUAGGGCACUCGACAUAACGAAACAAAUAUUUGUCGAUAUUUCAGUAAUUUAACGACGAUUUUCAAUUAGGUAACCUGGCGUCGUAUUGCAAGAUUAUGGCUGAUUAACUGCGGAGAUUGAGGUCGUGGGCUAUUCACAGGUACUAUCCCAGAAUUCGAUAAAAUGAAGAAGAAUGAGGUGAUCAGAAAUUCAUUAGGAGUUUCUGAAGGGUAGAGGCCAUUUCUAUAUCUGGAAGUAGAUGUGAGGACAUUAAAACGGUGUGAGGGUAUGGACUGGAUUCAUUUGGCUCAAAAAAUGGACCAGUGACGUGCUCUUGUUGACAGCAUAAUAAACAGAAAGCAGGAAAUAUCUUGCUGAGUCAAAUAAUGGUCAGUUUAACGUGGACUCUGCGGCGGGGAAUUGUCCAGUCAUUUGACGAUAUCGACCCAGCAAAAUCAUGAGGUGGGUCUGUAUAGGCAACAUUUUUCCGGCCGAAUUUCCAACCUGUGAUCUUCUGAAUACUGGUAUAAGUCAACGGACUGCCAUAUUUAGUCACCGUUACAUUGGCAUAGGAUUUGGAAUAAACUCAGCUGAUAGAGUGACGUGGCUAUUUUAUUGGUUCUUACACGAAAAAUUUAUCUAAGCAACGUUCGCUAAUUUCCAUUGAGAAUUUAUGGAGGUGAAGAUUUCUCGACGCCAUUCUGAUUAUACAGUGAAGAAGACUUCAUGACAUAUAGACGAAGUCACUAACUCCAUAAAAUAUUAUUACUUUUAUGAACUCGCAAAUAAACUGAUACACACUUUUUAUAAUAUAACUUGUUAAUUUAAUAUCGUAUAUUAUACUAAAUUUUCGCAAGAUAUGUAAUACGUUGAGGGGUGUUCGUAACACUACGAACAACAUGAUUAUGUCUGGGUGUAUGCAUUUGUUUUAGCCACUAUGCAAAGUGUCUGUAUACUAAAUGGGAUAAUGACUUUUAGUAUACUAUAUUUGUUAAAAAAAUUUACAAGAAUUUUGCAAGAAAUUUAUGUGACUGGAUUUCCAAACCACGGUGACGCAGUCGCGCCUAAAUGUAUUCAUUCAUUUCUGGUCACUGUGAUGUGUUUAUAUAUCAAGUGACUUGUAGUAUGUAGUUCGUUUGUUGACAUUUUACAAGACAUCUUUAUCAUUCCAAAUAUCGUUCAAAUGUUUAAAUUCCGUAUGCGCGACACAAGUGAUGAUGAGUGUGAUAUUAAACAAGUGCAUUUUCUCUUGAUAACUGAACAGACCUCCAAAGUCAGCCUGUGAAUUAGGUCAAGAUUUCUGAUGCCAAAACAUCUUUAGGGGCGUCAUCAUUAAUGAGUUGCGAUAUUCUAAUCUUAAUAUACCGUGGGAAACGUGGCACGCAGUAGCGUAGUUGGUUGAGGCACUAUGCUACAAGCCGGAAAGUCGCGGGUUCGAGUCUCAAUG